AUGGCCUUGAAACCUGAGGACCCCUGCGGUGGGUUCCAGCAUGGCGAGGUAGUGGCCUUCAUCAACGAGAAAAUGGCCAGGCACGCAAAAGGCCCUGAGUUCUACCUCGAGAAUAUAUCCCUGUCCUGGGAGGAGGUGGAAGACAAGCUCAGGGCCAUCCUGGAGGACGGUGCGGUGCCCAGCGAGGCCAAAGAGGCCUGCGCCUGGAGCAGUCUGGCCCUGGGCGUGCGCUUCGCCUGCAGGCAGGGCCAGUUACACGAGCGCAGGGUGCAGCGGCUGCAAGACUUGGCCAAAGUGCACAAGUCCACCACGGAGGAGUUGGCCUCAGACCUGAAAAAGCUCACAGCUCAGCAGGAGAUGGAGCGCAAGGAGGCAGCCUUUCGGCUGCGGCAGACGCAGGCCAACCUGAUGGAGAUGCGGAAGGAAAGGGACCUCCUGAAGUGGAAGCUCCUCCGGGCUGUAAGAUUACCCGAACUUAGUCCCUGCCCCGUCUCCCCGCUCUGCCCCGCGUCCCCAGAACUGGUCUCAACUGUCCCCACUUCUCUCCAGGAGCUGGGGUCUCCCCGGGAGCAGGUCGACAAGGAGCCAGUCCGGGCCACUGCCAGUGGGGCUGGGACAGAAAGAGCAGGUGAGAAGAAAGAGGAGGUGAGCGUGGCUGCUGCUACUACUGCCACCGCCGCUGGCGCUGCAGGAGGAGGAGGAAGACAGAAGGAUGCGGAGGGGGAGGAGGCUGCAAAGGAGCUGGGUGGAGGCCUUGUGCAGCUUCUUGGAGCUCUGGAGCAGAAAAAUUACCCCUCUGGCGGGCAGAGGGAGGGAGGUCUCAGGUCUGCGGAAACAGCCAUGUUUUACUUCUCUGAGACCAUGGAGCCCGGGUCCACAGUUUCCCCAGCACCCCUUCCUGUGCAGCUCCCGGCCUCAUUCACAUACUCCUAUUCAUGCCCCUUACUCCCUUUUCCAGAUGCACCCACAGCAUCCCCACCAGCAGCAAUGUUCAGGGCAGGAGCUCCGUCUCAGUCGUCUCCUCACUGGGGGCCCUCUAAUGUUAGCUUAUGGCCUGAUGUGGGGGCCCAGGGAAUAGAUCCUGAAUCCCAGAGAGACAAGAGAGGCUUCGAUCCCCAUGGUCAGGGAAGACCUCCAGUAUUUCGCAGGCCCGGGGACUGGGACUGCCCUUGGUGUAAGGCUGUGAAUUUUUCACGGAGGGAAAUUUGCUUCCGCUGUGGGAGGGGAAUCUGGCUACAAAACCCUUGA